UCCCGGAAGUAGCGGCGUUAUUUUGCUAGUUUAAUGUCACCAGUGGAAGCGAAGCCGCGUUUUACGAUGAUUCCCCCGAGUUGAGGAACCGAACUCUGCUGCGGGUCAGUCGCGGGCCUUUCCAGAACAUUGGGCCGGUGUCCGGGUCCAGCUCCACGGCUAGCUAGCCUGUUAGCUCCCCUGUUAGCUCGCCAGAUAGCUAGCUAGCCCGUUAGCCGUCAGCUGUCAACAAGUCGUGUUCAGGAUGGAUCCCGCGGAGCUGGAGCUCGACGCGGUCAAAUUUGCCAAAACAGCGAUCACCCACGACCAGAGUGGCAAAUACAACGAGGCCGUGUUCUACUACAAGGAGGCGGCCCAGGCCCUGAUAUAUGCCGGCAUGGCCGGGUCCAAACUGGAGCGACUCCAGGACAAAGUGAAUGAAUACCUGGACCGGGUCCAAGCCCUCCACAACGCUGUCCAGGCACAGAAGAGCGACCCCCUGAAGUCCCGGCAGCAGGUGGACAUGGAGCGGGCCCACUUCCUGGUCACUCAGGCCUUUGAGGAAGACGAGAAGGGAAACGACGAUGAAGCCGUGGAGCUGUACACUCAGGCCGUGGAGCUGUGCAUUAAGACGUCCAGUGAAACCUCGGACCAGGCGCUGCAGACCAAACUGAAGCAGCUGGCACGACAAGCUUUAGACAGAGCUGAAGGUCUUAAAGAGUCCCAGUCCAAAUCCGCUUCGGCCCAGACUCCGGACAAGACGGGGCCCUUUGGAACCAAGAAUGUAACUGGGGCCAGUUCUGGAGGACCAGUCCGCCAGUUCUUCCCCCUUGGACCAGACUUCUCCAUCCACGACCGACCUCAGCCGAUGCGGGCGGUGCAGUCCAGUGAGCCGCAGGGUCAGCGCUACACGUCCGAGGAGAUCGAGGUGCUCAGGAGUACAUCUAACAUCAACGGGUUGGCCUAUGUGCCCUUCAUGAGCGUGGACCUGAAGGAGCGGUUUGCAUUUCCUGUCCCGUUCUCGGACAAAUCCGGGAAACUGGCGCUGUCCCCCAAACAGAAAGCCAUCUUCGCCCGCUGGGUGCGGCCGGACGAGAUCUGCAACAACCCGAUGAUGAUCAUGUCUGUGUCCAGCUUCAGUAUCAAGCAGACGGUCGUGUCCGACUGCUCCUUCGUGGCUUCGCUGGCCAUCAGCGCGGCCUACGAGAGGCGCUGGCGCAAGAAACUUAUCACCAGUAUCAUCUACCCUCAGAACAGGAAGGGGGAACCUGAGUAUAACCCGUGUGGGAAGUACAUGGUGAAGCUGCACAUCAACGGAGUUCCCCGGAAGGUGAUCAUAGACGACUUCCUGCCGGUGGAUCAUAACGGAGAGCUGCUGUGCUCCUACUCCAGCAACAGGAACGAGCUCUGGGUGUCCCUGAUAGAAAAAGCCUACAUGAAGGUGAUGGGAGGCUACGACUUCCCGGGCUCCAACUCGAACAUCGACCUUCACGCGCUCACGGGCUGGAUCCCUGAACGCAUCGCCAUGCACUCGGACAACCAGUCGUUCAGCAAGGACGACACCUUCCGCAUGCUCUGCCAGAGGUUUCACAGGGGAGACGUCCUGGUCACAACGGCAACAGGGGUGAUGACCGAGGAAGAGGGGGACAAAUGGGGUUUGGUCCCGACGCAUGCCUACGCUGUCCUGGACAUCAGGGAAUACAAGGGGAAGCGUUUCCUGCAGCUGAAGAAUCCCUGGAGUCAUCUGCGGUGGAAGGGACGCUACAGCGAGCGGGACGAGAAGAACUGGACUCCGGACCUCCUCAAGUAUCUCAACUUCGACCCCAAGACAGCACAGAAGUUUGAUAAUGGCGUUUUCUGGAUGGCAUGGGAGGACCUUUGUCAAUACUAUGAUGUCAUCUACCUGAGCUGGAACCCUGCGCUGUUCAAAGACUCCUCCUGUAUUCACAGUAGCUGGGAUGGGAGGCAGGGCCCAGUGAAAGACGUCUACAGUCUGGCCAACAACCCCCAGUUCAAGCUGGAGGUCCAGUGUCCAGCAGGGGGAGCUGCAGUGUGGGUGCUGCUCACCAGACACAUCACCGACAAGGAUGAUUUUGCACAGAACAGGGAGUUUAUCACUCUGGUUGUUUACAAGACGGACGGGAAGAAGGUUUACUACCCAGCUGACCCCCCUCCUUUCAUCGAUGGCAUCCGCAUCAACAGCCCCCACUACCUGACCAAGAUCAGGCUGACGAGCGCUGGGACGCACACCUUCACACUGGUGGUCUCCCAGUACGAGAAGCAGAACACCAUCAACUACACUCUACGGGCUUACGCUGGAUCCAAGUUCACCUUCGCCAAGAUCCCGUGUCCCUUCACUCACAACAAGAGGAUGAACGGCCAGUGGAAGGGGCUCAGUGCCGGAGGCUGUGGGAACUACAAGGACUCGUACAAACACAACCCGAUCUACCAGAUCAACCUGGAGCGGUCGGGGCCGCUGCUCAUCGAGCUCCGAGGAUCCAGGCAGUACAGUGUUGGCUUUGAGGUGAUCACUGUGUCGACGGUUGGGGAUCCAGGUCCAGCAGCCGUCCAGAAGAGGAACAGUGGAGAUUACAGGUGUGGUUUCUGCUACAUGGAGGCGGAGCACGUCCCUGCUGGCAUCUACAACGUCAUCCCCACCACCUUCCUGCCCAAACAGGAAGGACCCUUCUUUUUGGACUUUGCCAGUACCUUGCCCCUCAAGGUCUCCCAGCUCCAGUGAAGACGGAGCUGGGAGCAGGAGGAAGAUACUGGUCAGGGCAUCAACACAAACUCCUGGUGUUUCUGUUUGAAUGUGGCUCGGUGUCGAGGCCUCCUUAAAACCCAAAGAGCCCAGAAUGUGUCUGGUGGCCUGAACCAAACCACGUCCCACACAUCCUGUCCCCAUCCCCUCCGGCUGAUGGACACAACUUCAACCCUGACCUGAUGCCACAGUGUUAUGUUGGAGAAAUCAAUUCUUAAUAAUGGACAUCAAGAGGAUCUUCAGAAUGGAGCCCCUGCAACAGUCCAGGAGUUUGGGACAGAAAUAAAACCCUUGACAGUGGAACUUUCUGUCUUUAUGCCACAAAAAGCCAAACACCAUCAUGGAGGCAAAUUGUUUUCAGGUUCAGUUUUUUUGCUGCAACGAGCAUCUCAUGUGCACAGAAGUUAAUAUUCACUGCUCGCUCCUGGGAUGUCACUCGUGCUCUUCACAAAGCAUCAGGAGAACUUCCCUCAGUAGAUCUCAUGCUUCCUCCAGCAUGUCCUCUCGCUGUGUUUCCAGAUCAGUGUCACCCGGGGUCAGGUUUCCAUUGCUGCUGAUAGAAACCUCUGUCUCCUGCAGAGUCAUUUGACCCUGAGGACGAGGAUGUUUGAAAAAAGGGCUUGAGAUGCUCGUUGCUGCAGAACGACUUGAAGAAGAAGAAGAAGCUGCUUGAGACUAAACCAAACGUGUUCCCUCAGUUGUUCCUCUCUUCCAUCUCGCUUUGUUCAAACCUCUUCACGCUUCCUGUCCUUGAACAAUCUGAGGAGUCGCUGCCAAAAUCCUGAAAGCAGAAUAUUUAUUGAGAGUGAGACAGAAGGGACAGUGUGUGUCCUCAGGUCCCUUGAGGUUCUUCUAAUUCUCAGGAGCAGUGCAGCCGAGCAGCACCACAGGGAGUCCAGUGAGGCAGCAGUCGAAUGAUGUCACUUCAUGUUGUCUGUGGACGUCUGAGUGAGAACUAUCAGCUGAUGUGACUGACAGGCGUCACGUCAGCACAGCCUGAGACAGGUAUCACACACCGGACGUGUUCUACCUGUGUGUGAGUGUGUGCGUGUGCAUGUGCAUGUGAGAAUGUUUUUAAAGGGGAAAAUUUAAAUUUUUUGCCAAGAAAACAUCCUCUAUUUUCCUUUGUGUCCCCAAACUGCACUUUUUAAAUCAUUUCUCUUGUUUAUUGUCAAACAUAAUCUCUGGGAAUGAAAACGUCACUUUUGAGCAGUUUAAAGAGAAAUCAGCUUUUCUUCAAGGUUCUCUUCUCUGAAUCAUCAGGGAAACGUGAGAUGAAGCGUUUUGGUGGAUUCAAGUGAUUUUAGUUUUGGUUGGAGUCCGUCAGCUGCAGGUCACAUGGAGCCUCCUCACGUGUGUUGGACAGCUUUGUGUUGCUGAUGAAGACGAGGAGAGGCAGGUGCUUCUCUUUCAGCCGGACCUCUGCCCCUCGGCCUCGUCUCCAGCUGAAGUGAAGCUGACGCUCACAGACGGAGGAGGUUCCAUGAGAAACCUUCUGUUUACUGAACAUGAGCACGGCCCUGAGCUGUGAAAACAAUCCUCAGUCACAGUCUGAUACUCCAUUUUAAUUCCAAACCAUAAAAUCAAAUUUUCUAGAUCCAAGAUCCUAGAUUGCAAAAUAUUUUACAGAGAUAUAAAAUGUAAAUCAUCAAAAAUUAUCAAUAUAUUUGUUGGUGUGUUUCUUUUCCUCGACUAUUUGAUUAAUCAACUUUUCUCAGCACUGGAGCCGGAGUCAUUUCAAGAAUCUGCACAAUAUGACAUUUUCAAAAUAAAGCUCCAGAAACUAGAUGAUUUAAUUUAGUUCUUUUAUUGAGUUUGAAUCCAGGAGUCACGUUGUGGAUCAGAAACAAACCGUGAGCUGUUUAUCAGGAAUGUGUCGUUGAGACAGUUUCACUCGUUUCACUGAUCUGGAACCAGGAGCCGACUGAGGCUGAGGGAACCAGGAACAGAAAAUAUACAUCUUUAAAUAUCCUUUGCACUUGUGUCAAAUGUCCACUUCUUCUUUAUUGAUGGAUUGUAAGUGUGAAAACCAGUUCCCUGUCUUCGUCACAUUGAUUUGAAUUGACUCGUGCAGCUGUCGUAUGAAUGAUGAUGUAAUGUUUGCAGAACUUGCACUAAAUGUUGGGACGAUGGAUUGUUUCAGAAAUUGAAUACAGAAAAUAUAUCUGC